GCCAACUGUACUGGGAGGAAAUUUUAUUCUUACUGUUGCUUCAGAUGUUUUAGGCUUUCAUUAUUAUUACUAUUAUUAUUUUUGUAUUUAUAGGUGACAACGAACUGGGGCUUUGUACUUGUAUCUUCUUUGAUCCAGCAGAUGAGGAUGGAAAGGAACCAGGGGUUUUUAUAACUGAAAUUAUUGAAGGAGGUGCAGUUCACAAACUUGGAUGUAUCCGUGUAUUUGACCAGAUUAUUAAAAUAGGUGACAUCAAUCUAAUUGGAUUGGAUGAAGCAGAAAUCGUCUCUACUUUUAAAAAAAUGGACGAUUCUCCUUUCCAGAUUGAAAUUGGCCGCGAACCACCUGAAGUGAAGUCAGAACUUAUCGAACUCCUCGAGUUGUCAGAGGAAAGGAAGAAAUAUUUUAUGGAUUCGCUCAUAGUACAGGAAAAAAUUAGAGAUAUCACUAUUGUGAGAGGACAAGCAAGUAUUUGUAGAAGUCCAAGAGUACCAUGGUACUGGAUGGCCAGUGACCUGAAAUUUGUUAUUGGGGCACUGAAAAUAUUAAUAGAAGAAGAUCAGGGAUGUAGAAAAAACAUCCAAGCUAUCUUUGAGCAGGCUAACAUUUUUCAAGACAAAUAUAAAGACAUGAACACAUACAAAGUGAAUAUGGAACAGAAACCUGAUGAAUCAAAUAAAGAAGGCACAUUUUUACCAUUGGCCCCAGAAGAAGAAUUAUUACUAGAACAAUUUAAAAUAAAACCUAAAGAGAUAAAAAACGAAGAUUUAUCACCAGGGCAAUUAUUAGCCCAAGGGGAUUUCAAUUCAGGUGAGAAAAAUGAGGCCCGGAGAAGAUAUUCAGAUAGUUACCUUCCCAGCUGUGACUUCAUGGCUUCUGGCUCUAAAAUCAAGGCCAAAGAGACCCAAAUAAAAAUAGAAAAAGAAGAAGAAGAAAUAGUAGUGGAGGAAGAGAUUAUUAGCACUGGAAAACCUACAGAAGGAAAGGCUAAAAAGGGAUUUUCCUGGUUCCGCAAUAUCAAAGAACGCAAGCUGUGGAACUUCUUUCAUUUUAAAAAACAUGACAAACAAGUAAAGAAUGUGCACAAGUGGGAAGAAAUUGAUCAAGAGGUAUUGGAUGAUUACUGUCCUUAUUCUACUGAAGCCCCUAAAACAUUGCCAACACAGUGGACAAAUAUUGAAGUUGGUAAUUGGUUAUGGAGCAUUGGAAUGGAGGAGUAUGUUGUAAAAUUUUAUUGUAAAGGAAUAAAUGGUGAAAAACUCCUUAUACUGGACAAUCGCUCGCUAAAAGAAAUCGAAGUCAACAGGAAGAAAGACCGCCGGAAAAUACUUAAGGCUAUUAAGAAAAUUAGAGAUAUUUUGGAAAAAAAUCAUAUUUGGGUCUUACUAUAGAAAUUGAUGGAAAGAAGACACAGAACCUGAAAGAUAUGGCAAAAAUUGGAAAAUGCAAUUACUUUUGUUAUAUUAA